CGGGCAGGGUGCACACUGCCAGGCCCUGGCGAGCUGGUGUCCCCGGGAGGUGGACGCCAGGUGGCCAGCACACCCACACAAGCUCUCCGGGCUGCUGGGGGACACUGUCUCUUCGCCCCCAUCAGGGACAAACUGAGUAGGACAGUGUCUUCUCUGCUGCCUGCCCAGCCGCCUCUCCACUCCACCCUGAGACAAAGGCGCCUGCUGACCCGGUGCCCUGUUCACAGGCCUCCAUCCAUCCCCUGGCUCGGAGACCGUGUCUCUGGUGCAUCCAGCCUCAGGCUUCCUGCCCCACUGCCCCGUGUGCUAACAGCUCACACUCACUACGUGCCAGGCUCUACAGGAGGGGACCCCUUGACGUGAGGAAAGGACAGCUGCUAGGAGCCGGAUGCGGGACACACCCUGCCCCACCAGGGUGUGGCAGCUGCAGCUGACAGAACCCUCCUCCCGAUUCCGCCCCCCCCCCCAGGCGUCCAGCAUUCUGUCUACCGGUGGGGGAGUGUGUACCGUUUCUCUGAAUGGUGUUAACUGGCACACGCAUGCACUGCCAUCGCUUGAGAUUUUUUGAGACAGACACACAUCAGAGGUGAAAAGCAUCGUACACACCCAACCCAGCACCGCCAGCCCCUCCCACCCUGAGGGCUCUACUUUCCGCACCAUUUAAUUCUCGGGGAUGCGGGGACACGGGUGCGUGGUGGGUCUGAUGUCCCGGCCGCGGAGACAGAGGCUUGGCCGUGUCCGGUGUCUCCAGCUGCCUCUGCUCCUGGGUUUUGUGAGCUCUCGCGAGAGACGACAUGCUCUGUGCCUCCUGCAGCACAGGGUCCGGCUCCCCUUCCGCGGGCCGGGAGGGACGCCGUGAAGUGUCUGGGGCAGGCGCAGGGUUCAGUUCCCCUCUGUCCCAGCACGGCCUGCAGACUGCAGGGUGGGACCCUCCGAGGUGAGAGGCCUGUCACCGGGCCCCCACGGGACCCUCGCAGCACCUCCUAAACGUGGAAGGUUCUCAGCUUGGAAGGUCACUCAGAAAACACCUGUCUCGCUUCCUGCCCCCUGUCCCCACGUCCCCUGUCCCUGUUUCUCCUCUGUGGGCCGGAUGAGAAAAGUGCCAGGAUCACCUGGUCCCCUCCCCGGACGGACCCCCAGAAGUGGGGGGCAGGGCCGGAAGUUUCCGUCCUUGAGAAGGAGGCAGAGGAAGGGGCUGAGCUGCCAAGUCAAGAAUAGUACCUGCCUGGAUGACAGCUGGAUCCAACCUCGAAACUUGACCCCCUCGUCCCCAAAAGAUGUCCAGGUUAAGGUGCGGGUGGCCCGCACCCAGGAUGGAGACCGCGUCCCUGUGGUUCACGUCCAGUGGGCACUGCAGACGGACGCCAGCAUCCUUUACCUGGAGGGGGCAGAGCUCUCUGUCCUGCAGCUGAACACCAACGAGCGGCUGUGUGUCAAGUUUGAGUUUCUCUCCAAGCUGCAGCAUCACCGCAAGCCGUGGCGCUUUGCCUUCAGCCACUUUGUGGUAGAGCCUGGCCGGGAAUACGAGGUAACCGUCCACCACCUGCCCAAACCCAUACCGGACGGGGACCCGAACCACCAGUCCAGGACACUCCUUGUGCCGAACUGUGAUGACCACAUGAUGAAGGAAACCAGGCCAUGCGUGAGCUCAGGCAGCCUGUGGGAACCCAACAUCACCCUGGACUUGGAAGUCUCCCAGCGGCUGCAGGCCAGCUUCACCCUGUGGAAUGAGUCUGCCCGCUACCAGAUCCUGCUGGAGAGCUUCCCACGAGAGGACAACCAGACUUGUUUCCAACGGACAGUGGAUAUGCCUGCGCCCACAGCGGAGACCCUCCACCGGCGGGCCAACGUCACAUUCCUCCUGCCCAACGCCGACUGGUGCUGCCGCCACCAGCUGAAGAUCCAGCCCUUCUUCAGCAGCUGUCUGAAUGACUGCGACAGACGGACUGCGAAUGUGAGCUGCCCCCAAAUCGUGCAUCUUCCAGGCCUGAUUGCAGGUAAGGAUAACGCUCCUUCCCAGCAUGUGCCACGUGGGGCCCGAGGGGACCUUCCUUGGGGGCCACAUGAGAAGCCCCUGACUGAGUCUCAUGUGGAGCCAGACUACAUGCCCCUGUGGGUGUACGUGUUCAUCACAGGCAUCGCCAUCUUGCUGGUGGGCUCAGCCAUCCUGCUAAUUCUCUGCAUGACCUGGAGGAUGUCGGGGUCUCAUCGCGAGAAAGCGGGCGCCAGGGACCCAGGUGCCGUGCCCACCGCUGGCCUGGCGCCACCUCCCCUGAAGCCUAGGAAGGUCUGGAUUGUCUACUCAGCAGACCACCCCCUCUACGUGGACGUGGUCCUGAAGUUCGCCCAGUUCCUGCUCACCGUCUGCAGCACCGAAGUGGCCCUUGACCUGCUGGAGGAGCAGGUCAUUGCAGAGAUGGGGGUCAUGACCUGGGUGGGCCGCCAGAAGCAGGAGAUGGUGGACAGCGACUCCAAGAUCAUCAUCCUGUGCUCCCGAGGCACCCGGGCCAAGUGGCAGGCCAUCCUCGGCUGGGAGGAUCCUGCCGUCCAGCUCCGCUGUGACCACCAGAGGCUCGCCGGGGACCUCUUCACUGCAGCCAUGAACAUGAUCCUGCCGGACUUUGAGAAGCCGGCCUGCUUUGGCACCUACGUCAUCUGCUACUUCAGUGACAUCAGCAGCGAGGAUGACAUCCCCAACCUCUUCCACAUCAUGCCCAGGUACCCACUCAUGGACAAGUUUGAGGAGGUGUACUUCCGGAUCCAGGACCUGGAGAUGUUUGAGCCGGGCCGGAUGCACUGCGUGGGGGAGCUCACUGGGGACAACUACCUGCAGAGCCCCAGCGGUCAGCAGCUCCGGCAGGCCGUGGACCGGUUCCACGAGUGGCAGGCGCAGUGCCCCGACUGGUUCGAGCGCCAGAACCUCUGCUCGGCAGCUGACCAGGACCUCCAGCUCCUGGACGAAGAGGUGUUUGAAGAGCCGCUGCUGCCGCCGGAAAGCGGGAUCAAGAAGCAGAUGCCGCUGGUGCGGGAGCCCACUGAGGAGGACGGCCUGGCGGUGGAGCUGCUCCUGACCGAGGAGGGUGGGCGAGUGGCCCGGCUGCACCCCCAGCAUCAGCCCCAGGGGCAGCUGGUGGCUCAGAGCCUGCAGACCAUGGUGCUGGCCCUGGAGGCAGCCCCUCCCACUCAGGCCCUGGAGCCUGUCUCUCCUGCUGUGCCCAGGAGCAGCCUAGCUAGUCAGGUGGCCGUGGUGGAGGGGGGCGAGGCCUGCCCACUGCUGGAGGGUUCUGGCCCCCAGCGGAACAGUGUCCUCUUCCUCCCGGUCGGCCUGGAGGACACUCCUCUCUGCAGCACACCGAGGGCAUUGUCCGACGACCUCCCCGAGGCCAUAAGGGAGCAGCUCGAAGGCUUGAUGCUCUCGCUCUUCCAACAGAGCCUGAGCUGCCAGGCCCCAGAGGCCUGGGGGCAGCCGGCGCUGGCCCUCCAAGAGCUACACACACCCUAUGGGGAGGGGCAGCGGGAGUCGGUGCAGUCUGACCAGGGCUACAUCUCCAGAAGCUCCCCACAGCCCCCCGAUGGGCUGGUGGAAGUGGAAGAAGAGGAAGCCAGGCAGGACCUGGGACAGUCGGCCAAGCAACUGUCCCCGGAGGCACUGGAGAGCCUGCGGAGUCUCCAGAGACGGCUCUUCUUCCAGGACCUUCAGAAGGACUCGGGCUGGGACAGUAUGGAGCCUGAGGACCCAGUUACAUAAGGCCUGCAGACCCAGAGUGUGAGAGGGAGUGUGUGUGCCUGGGUGUGCACAUGUUUCUGUGUGUAUAUGUGUAUAUGUUCUCGUGUGAAAUGGUACCUUUCAAAUGCAGACAUCCUGAUUUUGAUGCCUAGACACCCUUCAUCAUUUUUCUUUCUGGGGCCAUCUGGUCAUCUUCCAUCCUCACAAAAGUCUGCAGCCCGUUCCCAGGAGCUGGCGGCAGUGGAUUGGAGUCUCCAUCAUUCACACAUUUGUUGACUGUUAAUUUUGUGCCUGCUAUGUGCCAGGUGUCCAAGAUACAGAGAUAAAUUGUACCUGUCAUUGGCCCUGGCCGCUAAGGAGCAGGUUUGCAAAUAGAGGAUGGUAUGCAAGCCGUGAAGGCCCAGUUGAGGCCUGCCUGGGGCCAGGAAAACACAGAAGGGGCCCCUGGCCCAGGGCACAGUCCUGGAGUGGGUGUUGUAUGAGCCAAACAAGAGGCUACUUCCCUGGGCUGGCAGGGAUCUUGUGCUUGGAGGAGGCACUGGUGCUGAGGAGGAAGGGGCCCGCCCCCUGCAGGCUGCCCACUGAGCCUGGGGAGCCAUGGUGGAGCAGCUGCAGCCCAGGCUGGGCGCUGGGCCAUCAGCCCGAAGGCCUGGCACUCCUUGGGUGUGAUGAGCUGUUGCACUGCAAAGGUGGCGGCUGAGGGCCAAGCAUAGCUGGGAGCCACCUCAGGUCAUUCUGGAAAGAGGAGAGAGACCUGUAAGGUGAAAGCGAACAGCAUUAUUGGGGAGAAGGGAUGAAGCCCUGAGCCCCUUCCCCCCUACCCCCUACCUUAUACUGGGUCCAGCAGCAAAACGAACUGAGUGUGAGCUAUGAAGGGUCCACGUGGGGCGGUGGGAGGGCACUGAGGCUCUGGGCAGGCCCUUUGUGGGAGAGGAAAGCAUGCCAUGCUGAUCUUACUACAGGUGUGAGAUUCGAGGGCAAUGUUUGAGGAGAGAUGCUAAGGACCAGUGUGUGAGGGUCCUGGGAGAGCACCCUGGGAUGCCGUCUGGCCCUGCAGCCAAUUGUGCCGCUGCCUGUAUCUGAGCGCUUACCUGCAGCUUUGAGUGUCCAGCUGGGGGUGGGGGGUGCACAGUGCGUGUGCAGCAGGGAGGGGAGGAGGGGAUUGUGAAAUGUGAUGAGAAAGCAGGCAUCUUGGCUGCAUGUGUGUGUGCAUGAAAGAUGAUCAAUAAAAGGAUGAACACAUUUAACUUUG